AUGGAAUUUUGCAAGAAUUCACGAUUUGUUGUUUCUUUAUCAGAAGACAAAAAUGAUGCAACAGAUCGUGUGGCUGCCAUAAAAAAGGAGGCAAUGGCAACAUGUGUGUUAAAGAAAUGGGCUGGUUUGAUGCAGAUACAUGCACUGGCGUCUGUUCUUGGAUGCAAAAUUUACAGCAUUUAUCCAAAUGUUUGCCGUGGCAUUUGUCCACUAUUUCAUCAAAAUGACUCAUUGUAUAUAAUGUGGACUAGAGACAGCAAUUUCGACAAUCGGGCUGGAUCUAUGUUUCAACCAAAUCACUUUGUUCCUCUGGUUAGGCUGCUAAAUCCUAUUUACGACAUCAACGGUACCCACGAUUUUCCACCAAUGACACCUUCCUUGCCGAAAUUAGGUGAGUUAAAAACAUCCGGAGCAAAAUCUGAUCAGCCCUUGUUAAUAGCACAAACAGAGAAAAAUCUCUUCUGGUACCUAAACGAAAACGGAAAAUUGUUAUUGGACGUUUCAGCAAAAGGCCAAGAUCAGUGAAAUUUAGCAAUACAUCUCCAGCGACCACUUCUCUUUAUGUUUUCAGUCAAUCAAAGCACACAGGGGGAAACGUGCAUACAUUCUCCAAUUUAGAAAGCUUUCAUGUCAGUGGUACGAGGAUCAAAUCACAAUUUUGCCGUCAAAAACUGAAUUUACUGAAUCUUUAAAUUCAAUGUUACAAGUGGGCGAGACAGAAGCUGUAGUAGAAAAAGCUAAUGAUUUACUUUCCGGUUCGGUAUUAUCAUUGCCUCAAGCAGCCACUAGAUCGGAUCACGAAUGUGAAAAUAAUAAAAAUGCAAGGCCAACAACCCAUCCAGAAUCCCAUAAUUUGCAUUGUUUUUCAACACGGUCAUCACCCAAAGUUGCUGCAGUAUGGUGGCCGAUUGCUAUCAUUCAUUUUUUUGUUAAUAUUUAAAAUAAAACAUAAUGUGAAUGUCAUUUAGAAUGCAAUAUUUUUCAAAACAAAAUUAAAUUUAGAAAUAUCUCUUGUUACUGGUAUAAAGGACAAAUAGAACAGUCACAGACAAUAAACUCAGAACUGAAGAAAGAUUGUGAUAUUAUCCCUUUCAAUUUGUCGCACAGGGGUCAGCUAGCCAAAAAGAAUUUAAGCAGAAUGUCAUGCACAUCGCCAAAAGUUGAAAGGAAUACUCGAGGAAAAUGUACGUACUUUAAAAGAUGAGUGUGAGAAGAAAAACCCUAGUUUGAAUAAAGACAUAAAACUUGAGAUGGUUAAAGUAGGCGAGCAUAUUUUAUGCCAAGGUCCUUUCGUAUCAACACAGGAAAUUGGUGGCUUGUUAGGUCAAGCGAAUAUGAACCAACAAAAUUCAAAAUGAAGGAAAAUGUCUUCGAAAAUUUUUAAAAGGGUGAGACGCUAUUUUAAUGUAAUUCAGAUUUACUUUAAAGGCACUGGUUAUCUUGUUGAAAACAGGGAAUACGAUCCUGCUGAGGUUGCUCAAAGAUUUGAUAUUUUUUCAAAAGUUAAUACACAAGAAGUAAAUAAGCAUGUCAAGAGGGAUGUCAGUGACUUACUGGAAACAGCUGUAAGAUUUGCGGAUACCAAAAAAGACAGAGACCUCAUCAAAGGAUUGUUCGCAAGAACAACAAGUGUGAAGCACACUGCAAAAAUGCUAAAUGUUAAAAACCCUUCUUCUGUCCGUAACGCUGAGCACCAACUAAAUUAUAAACUCCAUGAAUUUGAAUGCCUUGAACGUACUUCACAAACUGUUAGGAAUGACUUGACAAACGAGCAGCAGAGAAGACUAUCGAAACGUGUCAUUGCAAGCAAGAAACAAAAAGUUUUCAAACUUCGAAGUGAAACAUGUGGGAGGGCAUUAAUAGUAGACCUUUUUCCAGAGCUCAAAGUUGUUUUGGAAGCAAUGUUCGACGUUCAAACUCUUGUGAAAACCGGCGAUUGGCCCGACCGGCGAAAAGUAUUUUACUCCAAUAUUUGGCGAUUUAUAAGUUCAUAUCCAGAGUUGUUUUGUACUACAACUGGUAAAUGUAUUCAAAGUGUUACUAAGAGCAAAGGAAUUCAGUGAAACAGCAUCAUGCGCCGGCUCAAACUGUUUUAACUUGUCAAUAACAACAUGAAAACAAACAAGUUACGACUGAAAAUGAAUAUAAAACUAUGUAGAAAAGAUGCGCUAGCGAAAACAUGUAUGCGCAUGUCAAUUAAGGUUACAGCUUUUGAGUGUUAAUUUUGCCUAAAAUUUUUUAUUGGUUUCCAUGAAAGCAUUAGACUAGUUCUACUAUCUGACCAAGUUUGAACGAAAAAUGUUGAAAACUCGCCGAGUUAUUUAAUAAAAUACAUUUCGCUGCAAUAAGAAAAACAUUGAAAAUGUAAUAUUCAAAUUCAAUUUUCUCCCGAAAAAGUUUACGGUAAUUAGUGAUUUUCAAACGAGUUGUACUCCUGCGGGUUUUAACCAAUUUUUCUCAAAUUUUCACAAGACAUAGCUAAAGACGUCAGUUUCAAAAUUGUGUUCGGCUUUUUUAAUUUUGGAUAUUUUAAACAUAAAGAGCAAUUCACUCAAACAAUUCAGAAAUAUAUUGCAGUCGUCAAAGAAAUCGCCAUAUCAGCGGAAUGACGAAAUAAACAAAAAUUUCCGAACACAAUUUUUUAGAACAACUAUUUUACUGUAUAAAAAUGAUAUUUUCAUAAAUAUAACUUAAACCAGCAGGAGCACAACUCAAAAGCGUAAAGGCACCGCGAUUUAAGAUUUUCCUGAAUAAUUCUUACAUUAUUUUAUUGUUUGUUAAUUUUACAACUUUACCAUAUUUUACAUGCACUGGAGAACAUUUGGUGAAAAUUUGAUGAAAAUCGGACUGAUAUUGAGCGCGCAGUAGCGAUUUUCCGCAAAACGCCAAAAAGGGUGUCCCUGUAACCUUAAUUGAUCUUGCAGAGUGUGAAAAACUUUGGCUGCGCGAAAUAAUCAAAUGAAACCGUGAUUAUUGUACACAAGUAGAUACACACUUCAGGAUUUCAUGAUGGGAAAAUAAAAAAAAUUGUCAACAGAAACUGUCAAAAAAGUCGAAAUUUAAUUCUAAAGAAUUGAGUCGACAGAUUUUUUUAAACUUCCCAGAAAUGUUUCUCGAUACUAACGUAACUGAUUUAUUAAAAAAAAAUUUGGGUCACCAAACUCAUUUUUGAAAAAAAAACUCGAAAAACGGCGAUAUUUUCGGCUAUUUUUUGUUACCAUUAUUCGUUAUAGUUGUCAUGGAAACGCGACUUUUAUCAGAAUUCUUCUUGUUUGCGACACGUCUUACUAUGUGUUACAAUUAUAAGUAAAACUUAACCCUGUAAAAGCAUUUAAACAGAAAAUAUUCAACUUUUGCUUCUUUGGCUAAAAAGCGCAUUGAGCCACCUUAAACAUAAAAUAUCCGCCAUGUUGUGACGUCAUUGUUGCCAUAGCAACUACAGUUAGUAGUUUUUGAAAAAUUCAUAAAUCUUUAGUUACUGAGUUAUGCCAGUCAGAUACAAUUGUUUUUUAAACAAGUAAUAACUGUCUUGAAAAUAUAUCCAAAUCAGAAAAUCUUCGAUUUGGGUAGCGCUGAUGCAAACAGAAAUUUCAACCCUGGAGAUAUGGUUCAAGUGUUUAACUCAGACUUGUUGUUAAGUGUUGUAGUGUCUAGCAUAAUUAACAUAAUUAACAUUAAUUAUGGACCACGAGGAAGUAAGCAAGAUGGCGAUAUAGAUGCAACUGUAAGAUUAUGUUCUGUUAGAGAUUAUUAAAGAAAGCAUAGAUAACAAUGUUAUAGACAACAUUAUAUUGGCGACGAGGAUCGUUUCAUAUACAAGUACCUCAAAUGGCGACUAGCUUACCAGAAUUUUCUUCUUUUGACGCCGAGAAUGGGGAAAAUAUCGAAAUUCGAUGGCAACGAUGGUUCAUGCGAUUCGAAAAUCUACUGAUUGCACUCGAUAUAAAAGACAAGAAAAGAAAACGAGCGUUAUUAUUAUACUAUAUCGGUGAAAGUACUCUAAAUAUCUUUCAAACACUGCCUGAGACAGGCACAGAAGACGACUAUGACGAAGCGUGUCAAGCUUUAAAUGAACACUUUAAACCUCGCAAGAAUACAUCGUUUGAAAUAUUCAAGUUCAGGAAAACAAACCAACUUGUUGACGAAACUCUCGAUCAAUACCAUGUACGACUCGUCCAGAAAGCUAAGUACAGUGAAUUCUCAAACUUAGAUACUGAGAUAAAAGCUCAAAUUGAGCUAGGGACCAAUUCCAAACAACUUCGACGAUAUGCUUUCCGUAAACCAAAACUGACUUUGGCUGAACUCUUAGACUAUGGACGGACACUUGAAACUGUUGAAGAAGAUGCGAGAGGAAUUGAGAAAAAUAUGAAUGAAACACCAAUGAAAGAUAUCCACGCCGUACGACGAAAUCCGGCUGCUACAACGCCUAAGAAAAUAUGUUUCUUUUGUGGAUUAAGCUGGCCACAUGUGAAUGUUUGUCUGGCAAAAGGGAAAACAUGCAACCAUUGUCACAAGCAAAACCAUUUUGCACGAUGUUGUAAAUCGAAAAUUUCAGCUGGACAGCGUUAAAGUAAGUUUCCUCAGAAAUCCAAUGAACGAAGAUCCCCAAGUGAAACAAAUAGACGAACAAGGUACGAAUUCAAGCUCAGAUGAAUAUGCUUACACAAUAGAAAAACAAACCCCUGAUACUAACAAAGUCGUUUUAACAUCUAUCACCACUUCACCCACAGGAGGAACUGUUAAUGAAGUUAACAGUGACUGUCGAAAACGAAAUUUCUACACCCAUAUUAAAAUCAAUGACAUAACUAUUCGUGUAAACAUUGAUUCUGGUGCCAGUGUAAAUAUUAUCGAUAAUACUAGUUUUGAGAAAUUAACUCGCCAGAACAACAUCCACUUGAUGAAAAGCAAAAUAAAACUUUUUGCUUUUGCCACUAACACACCCCUCGACAUCAAAGGGUAUUUCGAAGCUUCAGUUGAAUCAGGAACAAAAAUUACCACAGCCCAAUUUUAUGUGAUAAACACUGAUGCUGGAUGUUUAAUAAGUGGAAACACUGCAAUUGAUCUUGGGUUAUUAAAGCUAAACAAAAUUGCAUUUGUUACAUCUCGACCUGAAACCCAUCAACCUAAGAAAAAUGCUCCAACAAAUAGCAAGUCUAGACCUAAAAGAUUGAGAACCUUAUUUUCGAAAUAUGAUCAUUUAUUCCAAGGAAUCGGAAAAGUCCCAGAUUACAAAGUCCAUUUACACAUUGAUAAAACUGUCCAACCCACAAUUCAAAAAGCCCGCAGAAUCCCAUUUACAAUGAGAACCAAACUAUCAGAAGAACUGCGACGUCUUGAAUUAUUAGAUAUUAUUGAAAGUGUAACAGGCCCCACGUCGUGGGUAUCUCCCAUUGUUUGUUUCCCAAAACCCAACAAUCCCGACCAAAUUCGUCUUUGUGUUGACAUGCGAUAA